GGGAGCUGCAUUUGUCAGGCUGGCUUACGAUUGUUAGCGUUAUCUGUGUCUAACUGGGUGGGGGAAACUUCAACUGCAUGCGAGUGAUAGGAGACACAAGUUGUUUCAGGUUAACGUCAGCUCUUUGAAUUGUUUGUAGACCUCAUGGCUAGCUAAGUGUCUCUAAACUAAACUAGAAUAGCUAGGUGUGUGUUGACUGAUUUGGCAAGUGGACUUGUUGAGUUUAGACAAAUUCAACAAGUCAGGUUGCUUUUUUGGAUAUAUCACGACCUGUAUGACUGUGAACUUUCACAGACAUGUUGACUGAUUUACCAACUUCAACAGGUCAUCUAGUUAGUAGCGUGAUCCCAGCUAGCCCUGUGUAAUCUAAGUCUGAUCUUUACGUGUCGUAAACCCUUGUAGAAAGUCAAAGUACGUGUCCUCCUCUCAGGUGUUUCAUAGGUGCUCAAUUUAAAGUAGUUAAUGAAGCCUGCUGAUUUCCUCAAGGUGCCCGAGACUGUGGCGAUAUCUGAGACCAGGAAAAGCGUGAGUUUUCAUCUCCCCACGCCUGUGCUUUUGGGACCCAAUGUUGCCACGGGAAGAAACGGACAAACCGAGACACAGCACUCCAUGAAUGAGUGGCAGGCAAGAUAGAGAAACGGGAAGAUACAGAGAGGAGAGACCACUAUUCUGCAUCGUUUUUGUGUAACAGAUUGCAACAGAACUUGACGGCCAGACCGUUGCCAUGUCGACCUCAUCGCUACGGCGACAAGUAAAGAACAUCGUCCACAACUAUUCAGAAGCUGAAAUCAAGGUUAGAGAGGCGACAUCCAAUGACCCAUGGGGCCCCAGCAGCUCUCUCAUGUCAGAGAUUGCGGACCUGACCUACAAUGUUGUGGCCUUCUCGGAAAUCAUGAGCAUGGUGUGGAAGCGCCUCAAUGAUCACGGCAAGAACUGGAGACAUGUCUACAAGGCUAUGACUCUUAUGGAGUACCUGAUUAAGACGGGUUCAGAACGUGUUGCCCAACAGUGCCGAGAGAACAUAUACGCAGUCCAGACCCUCAAGGAUUUCCAGUACAUAGACAGGGACGGCAAAGACCAGGGUGUAAAUGUGCGAGAGAAAGCCAAGCAGCUGGUGACGCUGUUGAAAGAUGAAGAGAGACUAAGAGAGGAGAGGAUCCAUGCCCUUAAAACCAAAGAGAAGAUGGCACAGACCUCUAGUGCCUCCUCAGCCCCCUCAGCGCCCAGCCUUGGGGGCAGCCUAUCACUGGGCUCACAUUCUGGGGGGGCAGACCCUGAGCAGGCUUGGCCACAGAGCACUGGAGAAGAGGACCUGCAGCUCCAGCUGGCUUUGGCCAUGAGUAAAGAGGAGGCAGAGCAGACUAACGAGGACCCUCUGGAGGAUGCAGAGCUGCGCUAUGCGCUCACACUCAGCAAAGAGAUCCACCAAAAGGAGGAGCGGCUGCGCAGAGGGGAUGACCUAAGACUUCAGAUGGCCAUUGAGGAGAGCAAGAGGGAGAAAGCUAAACCAGAAGAGAGCGCUCUGAUGGAGCUCAGCGCUGUGGACCCCUGGGGGGCCCCUGCUGCUGCCGCCGCCGCCCCUGUGGGCUCCGCUGGUCCCUCACCUCCGCCCACAGUCGCUGCCCCUGCUGCUGCUGCUGCUGCCGCCGCCGCCGCCUCAGGCCCAUGGGGCACAGCCCCGACAGAUCCAUGGGGGGUGGCGUCACCCACAUCACCCACAAGCUCUGACCCCUGGGGCGGGGGAGCCCCCACCACUAUAGCCGCUCCUCCGGACCCCUGGGGAGAGACGUCCAACAAAGUGAACAAUGUUGAUCCUUGGGGAAGUUCAGCUGUGACCCCCCCCAGUGCUGACCCCUGGGGCCCCUCAGUUCCACCCAGCACUUCCUCUUCAGGGGGCCCAGUUGACCCCUGGGCAAGUGACGGGCCUGUCCCUGCCUCUGACCCUAUCAGCUCCGACAUCUGGAGUGGCACCGCCACACACACUAACGGCACAGGAGAUCCAGAGCGGCGAGGGUCUUCAGCAACAGGCUGCGACAGCGCAGGCUCACCGGUGCCCUUCGACCUGUCCUCUCUCGGUUCUUCACUUCCUGUUCGUAAGACUCCGGAGUCAUUCCUCGGCCCCAACGCAGCCCUGGUGGAUCUCGAUUCCCUGGUGUCAUCCAAACCCAAACCCAAACAGCCGCCACCUCCUUCCAUCUCUUCCUCUUCAGCACACAACCCCUUCCUUCAGAACACAGGUUCAUCUCCUGCUCCUGGCAUGGCAGUCACUCCAGGCAGUACCAUUUCCAGUAGGGGGGUUUCUCCAACGCCUGCGUCCUCCAACCCUUUCGGCGUGGCCCCUCCUAUGACCUCCAUCUCACCUCAGCCCUCAUCGCUCGGCCUGAGCGGCCUUCGCACCAGUCCUGUGCCUCCCAACCCCAUGCUGGGCAUGAUGCAGCCAGGAAUGGGAAUGGGGCCAAUGAGUGUGGGUAUGGGGGCUCCGGGGAUGGGCAUGGGCAUGAUGCAGGCGAGUCCCAUGGGCAUGCCCUACGGCGGCCUCUCGCCCAUGGCGCCUCCGGGGUCGGCUCUGCUGGGGCCCGGAGUUGCGCCACCUCCUCAGCUGAUUUUGGGUGGGCCCACUGGAACGGGAGGAGUGAUGGGGGCGGGGGGAUCCGUGGGAGGCGGAGGAACGACGGGAGCAAGCACCAAUCCAUUUCUUCUUUGAGGAAGUGUCACCACUACUUUGCUCACCUUUCAGCCUCCUCUGUCGUACCUGCUGCCCCCUUCAUUCAUCCUCCCUCGAUACGAUUUGUGUCCAAAAAGAAAAAAUGUCUACAUCUCUAUAUUUAAAGAAAAAAACAAAGUUUUGUUUAUCUCUUCCUUUGAAAGCAUUAUUUCAUUUCAGAAUCACUUUCCACAUUUAGUUGCUUUCAUUUCAGUAGGGGUUAUUUUUGGGAUGGGAAAUAGAGAUCUAUUUAUUUUGUUUUAAUCCAGUUCUGUUCUGUAUCGUACUUCAUAUGUGUUUUUUUUUUUUUUUUUGUUUUUUUUUCAGUCCUGUCUUGAAAUGAAGGUAAGUCUGUGAGAGCAGGAUAUUUCAGUAGUGUCCCUCUGUUCUAAUAUUACUGCACUGAGAGAGAUGGAGGGAGGGGUGACAUAGCCACUAACAAACUGAGCAGAUCAAACUGUCGUCCCGGCCUCUUCCUCGAUCACCCUCCAGGACGAAGACAAACGCUGAAUCACUGAAAUGAAACGAGUGCAUGAAGGAUCAUUUUUAAUGGACUCCAGACAGAGAUACGGACUGAAAAACCUGCAUUAACAUUUCAGGCACAAUGUGGUCAAAUUGUCUCAAUAAUUUCACUUUUAAUUUAAUUUAAUGUUAAAUGUAAUUUAUUUUUUCCCAGUUUCCGGGGACGAAUAAACAAGGAAAACCACGUGAUGAUGCCAUUUCAAAUCAAAUGCUUAUUUUUCUUUUUUUUUUUCCUUUCUUUCUGAUUAUUGUAGAAAACUAAAGAGCUCUGACACCUGUGGUCUGAUGACGGAAAAAUGUCUGUUGAAUCUGUGUGUUUGCAGCAGUGUGUGAAUGAGAACACAAAUGCUCAUUUGUGAGUAUGCAAGUAUGCAAUAGUGCAAAUGCCUGUUUCUGUGUAUAUGUUGUAGUAUCUGUCUCCAUUUUUCCCUAUGUCCGAUCUCAUUUCAGUGGCUCAGAAAGGAAGACGCGACAUCCAUUAUUUUUGGUUUUGCAAAUCAGUCUCUUGUAUCAAUAAUAUGUAAUGUUGGGAUCUCAGUUGAGGUAUUAUAAGGGUCACAUUUCAUUUCUGCCGAUCUUAUUUCACAACCGUCUUUUUAAUCAGAAGCCGUUUUUCUUCCUGAUCACACAUUUCAUACGGGAUUCCUGGCUUGCAGGUGUCCCACAGCAACACUGUCCUUGUGUUUCAUCCCUCUUUCCUACGGAGAGGGAGAGCUACUGAUGCUUCUUAAACAAACAAAAAAAAAGACAAUUAUUUCAGUGAAUGAAAGGAGAAAAAACAGGGACUUGACAACAUGCUCCAUGCUGUUCUUUUUAAUUAAGUUUGAUGAAUUUAUUGUUAUUUUAUAUCAACAAGAAAAAAAUAUCUUUUAUCGGGUAAGGUUGAAUUUUGUGUGGUGUUGACUGUGAACAUUCACAUUUGAAAAGUAAAAUGGAAAAAAAAUCAAAAGAAAUUUAUGAAAUAAAACAAAAACACAGGA